CGAUCAAUUAGAAAUGUCACACAGAAGGAUCCCACAUUUCAAAGUUUUAUUGAUAUUUACAAGAUUUCCAAUAGUGCUACGGAAUUCGCAAGCAACUUUGAACAACAUCUUAGCUCAUGUACUAUUAAUAUACCAUUUUGUCCGUCACGCCCAAUGAUCCCAGUUAUGUUGCGAAUCUAUGCUUUUUGGCCACGUUCACGUGCUGAUACGUUAGGCGUUGAUUUGACGUGCAAAGCGCUUGAAGGAAUAAUGAUCGCAGCUAUACUUAUUUGGCUAUUUUCUGGUUGUAUUUGGAUAUAUGGUCCGGGACAAAACAUAAACAUUUAUUUCCAACCUUAUCACUGUGAUAAUUUCGUUUACUGGACUGCAUUUAUCAGUGUUAUCCUAAUAAUUCAUUCGAUGAUAAUUCUGUUUGCAAUAUUGCUUUGUUUUUGUUUACUCUGUGUUGGACUUUUGAGAGACAAUAAACCAUAA